UGCCUAUAUUUUUUAUUAUAAAAGAAAAAAGAAAAACAGAUAAUUACAAAGCAAUCCAACAUUUGGAUGGGUACCGACCGCCGUGGCAUUGGUGUAAGAGAAACAACAAGUUCCCUUUUUCACUUAACUCAACUCCCAACCCCCAACUCAAUCUCAACUACCAAGGCUCGAUGGAUAGUGUGGUUGACUCUCUAAAUACUGCCUAUCAAGAUUUUGUUGCUGCAGCAGCGACUGUUCUUGAAGCCAAAGAAACUGCAACCCCUCAUAAAACAGCAGCAACCGAUACUGCUCUUGAAAGCUUUAAGCAAAAGUGGGAAUUGUUUAGAGUAGCGUGCGAUCAAGCCGAGGAGUAUGUCGAGUCUGUGAAGCAAAGGAUUGGAUCAGAGUGUUUAGUGGACGAGGCUACCGGGCAUGUGGUAGGAAAGGCUGGACAAGCUACCAUGACUACUCUUCCACCUAUCAGUGCCGUUCGCUUGGAACAGAUGAGUAAAGCGGUUCGUUGGCUUGUGAUUGAAUUGCAGCAUGGCUCUGGAGCAGCUUCUUCUAGUUCAGCCCCUUUUGAUGCCAGGUUUUCUGAAGAUGCUGCUCAGUAGCAUUUUUUUUAACUUAGUGUUUUUAAUGUCUUGUAUUUAUAUUUCUCAAUUCCAAAAUGGCAUUACGGCUUUUUCCCAUUUAGUUGUUUCCUACACAGUAAGUAGGUGUAUUUUAAAGUAUGUAACUUAUGUGCAAUGUGUAUGACACAAGACUACUUGGUGUUUUACUGUUAUGUAGUCCACAAAAUUACUAACAUAACUGAAGAUGGAUUUGUGUAA